UUUCAAAAAAUAAAAUCCCAAUUUCACAGAAAAAGAAAAAAAAAAAAAAAAAAAGGGAAGGGGGGAGAUGGGGGCAGGAUUAGGGGAGGAGAAAGAAGGAACAAUGGCGGAAGAUUUCUUCUGGUCAUACACAGAUGAACCUCAUGCUUCUAGAAGGCGCCAGAUCCUCUCUCAAUACCCUCAAAUUAAAGAGCUUUUUGGCCCUGAUCCUUGGGCUUUUGCUAAGAUUACGAUGGUUGUAUUGACUCAGCUUGCAACUGCUACUCUACUUCAUGAUGCAAGCUUUCUUAAAAUACUAGUAGUAGCAUACUUUUUUGGAUCAUUCCUUAACCACAACCUUUUCUUGGCCGUCCAUGAGCUCAGCCAUAACCUAGCUUUCUCUACCCCAUCUUACAAUCGUUGGCUUGGAAUUUUCGCAAACCUGCCUAUUGGUGUGCCAAUGUCUAUCACAUUCCAAAAAUACCAUCUUGAGCAUCAUAGAUUUCAAGGUGUUGAUGGCUUGGACAUGGACAUUCCAAGCAAAGCUGAGGCCUAUAUGGUUCGAAAUGCUUUUACCAAAUCCAUUUGGGUAGUCUUACAACUCUUCUUCUAUGCUCUCCGGCCUUUAUUUCUCAAACCAAAGCCGCCUUGUUUGUGGGAAUUCACUAAUUUGACCAUCCAAGUGGCACUUGAUGCCUCCAUGGUCUACUUAUAUGGCUGGAGAUCUUUUGGUUAUUUGAUUGCCUCAACUUUCGUUGGAGGUGGGAUGCAUCCCAUGGCCGGUCACUUCAUCUCCGAGCAUUAUGUCUUCAAUCCCGAUCAAGAAACAUACUCUUAUUACGGCCCUUUGAAUCUUUUGACAUGGCAUGUUGGCUAUCACAACGAGCACCAUGACUUUCCGAGGAUUCCAGGAACAAAGCUUCACAAGGUGAAAGAAAUUGCACCCGAGUACUAUGAAGGGCUAGAGUCAUACAAAUCUUGGAGCCAGGUUAUAUACAUGUAUAUAAUGGAUAGAACAGUGGGGCCUUUUAGCCGGAUGAAGAGAAAACCGAAGAAAUCAGAGUAGUGAUUGAUUUGUUGAUUUUUUGGUUCUGUUUUCUUGAUUGAAUUGUUAUCUCUUAUUCUAGUUAUGAUUUGUUGACAUUUUUCCACACUUUUUUUGAGAAAUGUAACAUCUCAAGGGUUUGGCAUAGGCGUAUGCUGUAUCUGUAGGUCAGAGAGGAUGCUAAUGUAUUCAUUAUUUCAUUCAUAUUUACUUGUAUCUACUUAUUCUUUCACCAUGAUUGCUCUGCUGGUUACGGAAUAUCCAAUUGAACUACU